AAUUGAAGUUUAUUCACUUGCAACAAGUUGGCGUUGUCAGUCGUCUUUAUUGGAUUUAGGGUUGAUUAUUUUCAGUUCUUGUCGUGUUUUAUUUAAGUGUUUUAAACGUAGUAGCUAUUGUUAAAGGUGAAGGAAUAUAACAGUACCAGGAAGCUUGAAACAUCUGAAUAAAGGCAUUUCAAAACAAUUGAAUUAAUUGAGCCGUUUGACCUGUCACGAUUAAACACAUUUGACUUUCAAAUAAUAAGUAUUAACAAUACGUGUAGUGCAACCGUAGCAAAGCAGUAGCGUUCGUUGGUGUUAAAAUUUUAAUUUGAAAAUGAAUAAGAUAACAAUCAAUGAAGAUCUCGCUAGAGAGCGAUCGAGGUGUGACUUUGAUAUAGAAGAGUUGACGAACAUAUUGGAUGGCGGGAAAGAACGGACAAUGCAACGGAGAGACACAGAGAAUACUGUUCUUAAUAACGAAGAGUAUAAAGAGAAAAUACCGGAAGAAUGUUUAAGCAUCAAGGAGCGAUACGAGAAUGCUGUAAGGAGGUCAUGCUUGUACGCUGAUUUGGUGAAAAAGAAGCUUCUCGAAAUGACAGCCUUGGAGAGUUUCGGUACCCAGUACCUUCGAAGGACGUCAGACGCGUAUUUCAAAGAAGUAUCCCCCUUCCUUCUUCAUAUGGGAAUGUUCGUUCCCACGAUAAUGGGGCAGUGCACCCCAGAACAACAGGCUACGUGGUUGCCGAAGGCUCUGAACCUUGAAAUUAUAGGCACAUAUGCACAGACUGAAUUAGGUCAUGGUACGUUUAUAAGGGGUCUGGAAACUACGGCCACGUAUGACCCCAAAACGGAAGAAUUUAUCAUGCACACACCGACACUUACUGCAUUCAAAUGGUGGGCUGGUGGAUUGGGAAAAACCGCAAAUCAUUGUAUAGUAGUAGCCCAAUUGUACACCCAAGGGGAGUGCUAUGGUAUUCAUACCUUCCUUGUCCAAGUACGAGAUUUGGAGACACACGAGCCUCUGCCAGGCAUCAAAGUUGGUGAAAUUGGCCCAAGGAUGGGUUUCAAUACCGCUGACAAUGGUUUCUUAGGCUUCGACCAUUUUAGGAUCCCCCGAGAAAAUAUGCUAAUGAAAAACGCUCAGGUUUUGCCGGACGGUACGUACGUGAAAGUAGCAAGGCAUGAGAAACUCACAUACGGGACGAUGGUUUUCGUGCGUGUUACGCUCGUUUCGGAGUCUGCGUUCAACCUGGCGAAAGCCGCAACCAUCGCCGUCAGGUACUCGGCGGUGAGGCGGCAGUCAGAAAUGAAGCCGGGAGCACCGGAACCUCAAGUUUUGGACUAUCCAACUCAGCAGCACAAACUUUUUAUUGCCAUAGCAACUGCCCAGGCGUUGCAGUUCAAUGCCAGCUGGCUCUGGAAGACCUUCACAAAAGUAUUGAGCGAAAUGAAGAAAGGAAAUGUAGAUACAUUGCCCGAGCUGCACGCGCUAUCCAGCUGCCUCAAAGCAAUAAGCACUUCAGACGCGGCGGAGUACAUAGCGCGCUGCGGCGCGGCGUGCGGCGGGCACGGUUAUUCGCUGUCCUCCCGCCUGCCACACAUAUACAGCUCCGUUGUGGCCACCAGGACGUAUGAGGGCGACUAUACUGUGCUCCUCUUGCAGACUGCCAGAUUCCUGGUCAAGGCAUGGGAACAGGCUGAAGGGGGGGUAUCUGUAACACCCACUAUUUCUUAUCUCAACCGCGUUCUAACCCAGAAAACAUCAUCUUGGGAAAACAGUCAAGAAGGAAUUAUUAGAUCUUUCGAGGCCAUAUCUGCAGGGAAAAUAGCACACUGCGUAAAUAAUAUUAGAGACCGGAGAAAGACAGGUGCUUGCUAUGAAGAUGCUUGGAUCUUAACUACAAACCAAUUGGUGGCUGCAGCUGAGGCGCACUGUAGAGCAGUUCUUCUAAGAGUAUACUACGAGGAAUCACUGCGCAUGACUCGAAAUGCUAGUGAAAAUGUGAGGAAGGUCGUCAGUCAACUCGUCCAGCUAUACUUGACUUACUGGGCCCUUGAGAGGACUGGCGAUCUGUUGAGGUAUACGAAUGUCAGUGAAAAAGAUUUGAAACAGCUGGAGAUGCAAUACGAGAGUCUGUUAGCUGACAUCCGGCCCAACGCCGUGGGCCUUGUAGACGCCUUCGAUAUUAGAGAUGAGAUACUACAAUCGAGUCUAGGCUCCUACGACGGUAGGGUCUACGACCGGCUGAUGGAGGAAGCGUUGAAGACUCCACUUAACGCGGAAGCGGUAAAUCAAUCAUUCCACAAAUACUUACGCCGAUAUGCCAUCCAAGCAAAACUGUGA